UAUUGCAUAAAGUUUAAGUAUAUAGUAAGGUGUUAAAAUUUCAGGAUUUAUAUGCGUAUUGUAUUUCACAACAGUAGACGCAUUAUAUUAUAUAAUGACUUCACACCUAUGCAGUCAGUUCGCCGUAUUGAGUAAUGAACUACGAGCCCUGGAUGAGAGCAAUUCCCUCUGCCUAAGGGAUAUUGUGAUAAAACAUCAAUAUAUUUUAAAACUAUCGCAAGAUCUAGAAGAAAUUUUUCGUGCACCUAAUUUAUUUAAUGUAUUGGUUGGGUCACUUGAAAUAUGCGCUCUUGGUUUUUCUUUGACGAUGGGAAAUUGGGCACAAAUUCCUGGUGUUGUACUAUUUCUAGCGUCUGUGUUCGUUCAGAUUCUGAUGAUAAGUGUAUUCGGAGAACAAUUAAUAAGAGAGAGUAGAAAAAUCGGAGAAUCUGCAUUUUUAUGCAAAUGGUACAACAUGGAUAAAAAAUCAAAAAAAACUAUUCUUCUGCUAAUGCUUCGGGCCAACAAACCACAAAAAUUAACAGCGUAUAAAUUCUCAGUAAUAUCAUAUGAAAGUUUUACUAAGAUCAUCAGCACUUCGUGGUCAUAUUUCACAAUAUUAAAAACUGUCUACACGCCACCCGAUAAUAAGUAUGAAUAAGUCAAAUAAUCAUAUUAAAUAGAAAUUCAGAUGUAAUUCUUGUUUGAUUUAAUAAAU